GCAAUGCAACAGUGGACUUCUCACCCUAUAUAUAGACGCCGGAUCUCCUCACCAUUUCCCCCAUUCUGACGCUUGCCUGAUCAUCGCCCUCGAUAUUUCUUCCAUCUCCUUUCUCCGAUCGAGCCGCUUCUUGCUUGCUCGGUCGUCUGAUCUCGUACGCUGCUCUUGAACUAAUGGCUCACGGCAAGAGGUCUAGGCAGCAAGCCGAGGCAAUGACCUCCGUCAGCCUGCUGGACCUGGACAGCAGCGACAUGGCGCGCAUCCUGCUGCUCUUCUCCGGCCACCACCACCACCAAGGCUACCACGGCGUCUCCGCCGGACCGUCGUCGCCGGAGAGAGUGUUCGAGUGCAAGACCUGCAACCGGCAGUUUCCUUCCUUCCAAGCCCUAGGCGGGCACCGGGCCAGCCACAAGAAGCCGCGCCUCGCGGACGGCGCCGAGCCGCCCAAGCCCAAGGUGCACGGCUGCUCCAUCUGUGGCCUCGAGUUCGCCGUUGGCCAGGCGCUCGGCGGCCACAUGCGCCGCCACCGCGCCGUCGCGGCGACAGGGGAUGGGCUCGGGCUUGGCCUCGACCUCGUCCUCGGCCUCGGGUCCAAAGACAUCAGCCAGAAGAAGACAACGGCGGCGGCCGAGCUGGCGUUCGACCUGAACGUGCCAGCGCUGGAGGAGGAGGAGUCGGCCGAUCGCGCCAACAGGAAGCUGGGGCUCGCCAUGGACUUCCCCGUCGUGGUUAACUUCCGACGUUCAGACCAAGAGAGGAUAUUCAAGUCUGAUCUACACAAGACAUACAGUACAAUUUACAUAGGUUGACUUCUCGCGGUAUUUGUGGUAGAAUUUUUUUCAGAAGAUAUACAGUACAAUGGU